AGAUGUCUCAAUUGACAACAAUUUCUGAGAUAAAACAAGAGGAGGACGUCAAGGUCAAACAAGAGGAUGAAGAGAUGGGUAAUACGAAUCCUGUUGAGGUCAAACAGGAGCAGUCACGUUCACAAUUUUGGCAACCACAGAUGCAGCAUCAACCAUCGCUGCCAAUUCAACAGGGUGACCGACGCCCACCAAAGCGUAAGGCGUCUUACAUAAAGUGGGAAAAUCGUGAUCGAGAUCCACAAGAUAGGGAGUCGGUGAGAGGUGAUAGGGGUCGAAAUCAAGAUAGGCGCGGUGGCAGACAACAAUCCCGGAAUAGAGGUGUUGGUCGAGAUUGGGCUGAUCGCGAAGAAGGUGAAUGGGUAGAUAUCGAUUUUGGUGCGCUUUCAACAGGUUUUAACCGUGGUGACAAUCCACCUUUGAGAAAGCAAUCAAGAAUCGA